AUGUUCGCCACAUUCAAUUUCGAGGAAUCACCCGAGCUCCGCGAGCCCCCGAAACGUAGUCGUCGUCGAGACAGGAGUGUCAAGUAUCUGAGAGCGCUAAGCGCCAAAAAUAAUCAGGGACGAACUCAACAUGACCCGAGCCAAGUACCAGGACCCAGCAACUCGGCAGCACCCAUCAGUUCACCCCAUACAGUCAUCAGUAUGGCGGAGACGGUGGCGCCGGUACUCCAGGCGCAGCUCCCUGCGCCAAGACCAGGGAUUCUAAGGGUGCCCUCCAACUACCCAUCAGAUGACGAGGCCCAUCCAUCCACCUCCACCGCCUCCAACCCUCGUCGUGAGUCCCGUUGGGCGGUCAUUCGAGAGCGUAGCCCUCAAAUUGUGUCGAAAGAGAAAACGAAGAAAUUGGAUUUAAAUAAGGGGCGGAUGAAGUCGAGAUCAGCUGGCAGUCGAGACAGAAAAGCGAAUCGAUCGAAUCCCGCAGACGAUGGAAAUCAGAAAUCGUUCAGUGAUGUUGUGAAGACCGCUAUGAUGCUCCGUAACUGGAUAUCCGCUAUGGAGCACGACGAAAGGGAGUCGGAGCCAGAUGGGGACCCAACGACCACCAAUGCGGAGCACAGUACAAAUACAACAGUGAAUUCCGAGGCACCAUUAGUAGAAAUACCUCCGAUGGCGUUCGCGGCGAGACCCACUGGAUGGGCACAGACGAGGGAUUAUUUGAAGGAAAAGUGGUAUCAACUCCGCUAUUUCUACGUGACGGAGAACUCGACGUUCUUCUACUAUUGGUCAGCUAUCAUAACACUUGGAGUACUGUAUAAUAUGUGUGCAAUGGUCAUUUUUAUUUUCGACGAUGUUCACCAAGGCUAUUUUUGGCAGUGGGUAUAUAUGAACACCUUCUUUGAUGUAAUCUUUUUGCUGGAUUGUGUAGUCGGAGCGAGAAUGACAUUUGUCCAUGAAGGAAACGAGGUCCGUGAAACCACAAAAAUGUGGAGAAACUACAAAAGAAGUCAACGAUUCAAACUUGACGCCGCCACUUUAAUACCUGCAGAUCUUAUACUGUUCAUCUUAAGUGAGGCAUCGCUGAUUCGAAUUUUUCGGAUGAUUAAAAUCUACCGCCUCUACGAAUUCAUUGUGCUCACCCAACGCCGUACAGACUUUCCACAUUUCAUGAAAAUCCUAUUUUUGAGUACCUCAUGUGCCAUUCUGUUCCACUGGAAUGCCUGCGUCUAUUUUCUCUUCUCCCUUGCCGAAGGACUAUCAGAAGAUGACACAAAUGCCUUCGGAUUCUCGUAUUAUAAAGUUUUCGACCCAAGAUUUCCGAUUUGUACAGCAUUCGUCGACGAGGACUGCUGGUAUCCAGAGGAUCAGAGUGUCCUGGACAUCCGUGAUGAGCGGAUCAAGUAUAUGCAGGAGAUGUAUAAAUUUUGGGAGGAUAAAUUCUCCAUAACCAGCCUUGGGAAUUUCUCGCGUGAGUACAGUAUGACCAUCUACUGGUCCUCCCUAACCAUCACAAAGUGUGGACAACAACCGUGGCCAUCUUCAAGUCUCCAAAAUGCGCUGGAAAUCUUCGAUACACUGAUUGGAGUGUUAGUGUUCGCUACGAUUAUUGGAGGUGUCGGUUCCGUGGUCACCCAAAUGAGUCAAAACGUGAACAUGUUUCGCGAGAUGAUGGAUGGAAUCAAGUUUUAUAUGAAAUAUAGAGGUGUCCAAUCGGCUAUUCAAGACCGCGUGCUCAAUUGCUUCCUCUAUUUGAAUACCCACAAUCAGUUGUAUGAUGAGGAAGAAAUCCUAUCCCUUCUUCCGCCCCGUUUCCAAGCCAACAUCGCCGCGAAUCUCCACCAGGAGACCCUCUCAAAAGUUGCCCUCUUCUACCGGUGCGAUCCACGUCUUCUCCAAGAAGUCGUGAUGCUUGUAAAGCAACAAGUCUACUCCCCAAACGACUAUUUGUGCCGGAAAAACGAAAAAGCAAAGGAAAUGUAUUUGGUGAAAAAAGGGACCCUCUCAGUACUAGAAGACGAUGAUAACAUGAGAGAGUUAGACACUUUGAGAGAAGGAUCAACAUUCGGAGAGCUAUCUUUGGUUCAUGUCAAGGGAAACCUUCUGGGAGACAGGAGGAGUGUCUCGUUGAGAAGUGUCGGCUACUCUGAUGUCUAUAUUCUACAUCAGGAUGAUAUGACACGGCUCCUACAGGAAUAUCCCGAUGAGAGAAAGAGAUUGCUGGAGAAUGCCCGCCGAAUGCUCCACUCCAGAGGGCUGCUCGAGACCAAUGAGUUGGGUGAGAUGUGUGAUAACACCGAUGACAUGGAUGACGAGCAAAUGUUGGAUUUUCUAUCAGUCGACGAGCAGCUAAACCGUCUGGAGGGUAUCAUUGAAGGGAUUGAUAAGGAGUUGGGUCAAAUGGUGGCGUCUUUCUCGCACACAAGUGUGUUCUUCAAAAAACGAGUGACGGCCCUCGAGGAGAUCUACAAUUCGAACAAAAAAAGAAUUCGCGCCGACUUAUACAAUGGAAUACUGAAGACGGAUUAUGAUGACAAGAUCUUGCUUAUUUAA